AUGGAAGGAAUCUCGUGGGGUUUGAAGAAGUACUGGAUGAGAAGGGUUAAGGGAUACCAAAGAUUAAUAUAUGGCUCCGAUCGCCGAAGGAGGGAAGCGACCAAACUUGGAAGCAGAAGAAGAAGAAGAAGAAGGACAUGGCAUAUCAAGAUAGCUCCCAAGAUGAGAAUCCCCAAAAUCUCUUCCCCAAAGAAAAUGGUGCUGUGGCUCAGAGACGCAUACGUCAGAAUCAUGCUGGGUCUCGCCAGCUCCACGGCUGCCUCGGCCGUCGGCUACGGCGGAGGCUUCGGCAGAGCCCCACCGGCGAAGGAGUACGACGAAGAGAUGAUGGUACAUAUGUACAACUCCUUGCUUAUGGCACAUGGACACUUGCUGCCACCACCCAACGCUGCCGCAACAAUCGUUAACACUUCCUGA